CGGCCGCUAGGAGGCAGACUUGUUACCCCUUUAAGAAGAAGAAGAAGACUGUUACCAUGGUAACGUCCACACCGCUGGGCUGCUAUGCAUUAGCUUGUGUGUGUUUCUACCUCUAAGGAGCAGCAGGAGGAGAUCAAGGCAUCAUGUGGAGCCAGAGGCCGCCUUCCAGCACCGGGAGGCCGAUGAGCCGCACUGGAUCUGCUGCUGCAGCGGCUGGAAGACCCCCGACGGCUGUGAGGCCCCCACCCACCGCGGUCCGGGUCCCCACUGGGGUAAAGCCUGGACCCUGCGCCCCUCUUUCAUUAAAACAACCAAUAUAAGCUAAGAUUCAUUCAUCAAUAACUUUGAUCAUCAAUCAGAUUAAAUCCCUCCAUUGGUUGAUGAAGGGGCGUGGCUUGUUUUCCAGAUCAUCCCAUCAAAGUAAAGCUUUCUGUUUUCCCACCAGGAGUAAAAUCAACGAGCUGACCACAGAGACCAGCCGUCUCCACAAAGAGAUAGAACACUACAACCAGGAGAACUCCGUCUACCUCUCCUAUGAGAAAAGAGCUGAAGCCCUGGCUGCUGAGAUCAAGGACCUUCAGGGACAGCUUGCAGACUACAACAUGCUGGUGGACAAGCUGAACACCAACACGGAGGUGGAGGAAAUGAUCAAAGACUACAACACGCUCAAGGCGCAGAACGACGCCGAGGCACGAAGGAUUGACAGCAUCUUCACCGAGAGGAGAGCGAGAGAAGAGGUGAUUGAGGCCAUUGAGGAGGAGAUCAGAAGGGAAAGACAGGUGGCUGACGAAGUUAUCCAGGCUAUGCCUUCAGCGAAGAGGGAGAAAUAUUUCUCCAUGACGACGGCCAAUGAGGAGCUGCUACAGGAGCUUGCAGUCCUGCAGGAGGAGCUGGACCUUCUAGCCACCAGGAAGGAAGACUAUGAAGAGGAUCUCUCCCACUCACGCAUCAAACAAGAGAUGGUUCGGCUUCAUCAGACCCUCUCUGCUCUGGAGGCGAAGCGUGACGCCAUGGAGGCUGAGCAGGAGAGCCUGGGCUCCCCCCAGGAGGAGAGGGAGAAGCUGCUAAAGCAGGUGAAGGAGGACAGCCAGGAAAUAGCCAGCAUGGACAGACAGCUCACUGACAUCAGGGACAGGAGCAAACAGGUCAAAGAGGAGAUCCAGAACCUGGAGCAGGACUCAGAAGCAGCUCAGGUGGAGUGCCAACAGAAGUACAAGGAGCUGAAGAAGAAGGAGGAGGAGAUGGACCGUUUCCUGGAGUCGUUUGAGGAGCUCAGAGCUGAGGAGCUGGAGAAGCUGACCCAGAGCCAGGAGAACAUCGUCUCCCUCCUGGAACAUUACAGCAGGAACAUGUUGAGGCUCCGCCUUGUGGAUGGAGUGACCAGCAGCGAGCUGAGGAACAUGCAGGAAGUUCUGGUCAGCAAAGAGACGGAUGUGAUCCAAUCAGAGAGCACGGCCAGAGGACUGACCACAGAGUCCAAACGGCUGCAGCAGGACCUGGAGAAGAUUCAACAGCUGGAGGGGAAGAUCACAGGAGAGCUCAGCACCCUGAAAGAGCAGCUCAGCACCAUGGAGUCUGAGCUGCUCACCUACAGAGACCUGGACACCCUGAAGCAGACAGCCGAGGACAAGAAGAAGAGGCUCCUGGACGAGCGCGAGACUCUGACUCAACGCAGAGACACGUUUGGACAGCUGCUAGGGGAGAUGAACCAGAGACACGAAGCUCUGAAGACCAAACUUCAGGAGAACGAGACGCACACUCAGCUGACUAACCUGGAGAGGAAGUGGCAGCACCUGGAGCAGAACAACUUCCUCAUGAAAGAAUUCAUCACAUCAAAGACUCGUGAGAGCGCCUACGCCUCGGUGGCUAAGGCCGUCGCCCAGCAGGUGGCCGAUUAUAACCGGAGCCUCAUAGAGUUGCUGCAAACCAACAAGACCUGAGAGCUGCAGUCAUCUC